AUGGCUAGUCCAGGAUUAGGUGGCCAAUUGUUAGGAUCUUCCAUCGAAGAUGUUGACUGGGUAAAAACAGAAGGGAACUCCAUGUUAGGCCUUUAUCUUCAGUUCUCUUUUGGCCUUAAUGGGAGAAAAACAGUUCUUCUAGCAUCCAGUGGAAAUACCUUGCUUACCAUGAACCAGUUUUCAAGCCAAUUCAGUGAUGUCAUUAUGCCACAUCGAGUCAUGAAUCAAGAAAAGGCACCAGGAUGGGUCAUACAAGAGAGCAGCAUUGCAAUGAAUGGGUAUGUAUUAACAGAAAUACAUGCUGUAUGCUACAAGGCAAAGCCUGGUGUUACUGAACUUAGAUUAGAAUCUGAUUCAGUUGGUGAAAAUAACACCACAGCUCGUGGUCCAUCAGAAUAUUAUGCAGUGCUCGGUAGUCUCACAGUUAAAACUUCUUCACCUAACUCUGAUUUCCCUCCAUCAAGUCUUUGGCUAGUUGAGGGUCAAGAUAUUGAGUGGACAUCAGGUUCUCAGGGGUCCAAGAUCCUGAGUGUUAAGGUGGUUUGGAAGUUAAAACAUGGAAAUGCUUCUCUCUUCCCGAAUUACAAUAUUUAUGUCGAGAAAUUAGCAAAUCAAUCAGUUGCAAACCUUGGUGGAGUGGUUGAUGGAGUGCAGGAGUAUAUUGGAGUGGCACUAGUUCAAGCCUUUUACGUCUCUGACCUCGUGGUUCCUUCUGGCACUUCUAGUCUCAAAUUCAUCAUCCAAGUUUGCGCUUCUGAUGGCACGUGCCAGAAGUUAGAUGAUUCUCCAUUUCUUCAGCUGCAUGUUGAAGGUUCGUAA